GCAGAAGACGACGGCGGCGGCAGCUGCGGCAUCACCAGGGGUAUAGAUAAGGCGGAGGCCGUUGUGCUCUCUGCUCUGUCUGGGUUGGAGGUGACCGCUGCCAAGCCUCGCUAGGCGGCCGGUUGAACCAGACGGAAAGGAGACAGAAGCCUGUUUGCGGAUCCUGCCCAGCCCUCUCGCUGCGCCAUGGCUUAAGCCCACAGCCUCCUUGCCAAGCAUCUCCUUGCUCGGCCGGGGUCUGCUAGACACUGCAGUCGCAGAGAGGGCGCGCCCAGACGCCCUAGGCCUGAACUCUGGGACGCCAAGCCUCGCUCCCAUUCUUCACUGCCCACAGCAGGUCCUCUGCAGAAGGCGUUUGCAGUCGGUAAUCGAGGGACUUUACGGACUUUAUCUCAGUGGUACCUCGUCCCCGGGUGCUCUUUGAGGGAAGAGGACGAGGCAAAGGGCUUCUAAGGGGAGGAAGCGGUGGGAACCACAUUGGCGGGUCUGGGUUGGGGGUUAAAGGGAGAUUGGAGGUUUGAUUUAGAACCACAAAAAGGCUUUGCGGCUAGCAUGAUGGCGUGGCCGUGCAUCACAAGGGCCUGCUGCAUCGCCCGCUUCUGGAACCAGCUGGACAAGGCGGACAUUGCGGUGCCGCUGGUUUUCACCAAGUACUCGGAGGCCACCGAACAUCCAGGCGCCCCUCCGCAGCCGCCAGUGCCACUGCAGCCCGCGUUAGCGCCCCCCUCGCGUGCUGUCGCCAUAGAGACGCAGCCAGCCCAGGGAGAGUCGGAUGCAGUUGCCCGGGCAACAGGGCCGGCACCCGGGCCCAGCGGCGACCGCGAGACUGCAGCCGCCCCCGGCCGGAGCGGGCUGGGCUUGGGCGCGGCCUCGGGCUCCACUUCCGGCUCAGGCCCCGCGGACUCGGUGAUGCGACAGGACUACCGCGCCUGGAAGGUGCAGCGGCCCGAGCCCAGCUGCCGGCCGCGCAGCGAGUACCAGCCGUCCGACGCGCCCUUCGAGCGCGAGACCCAGUACCAGAAGGACUUCCGCGCCUGGCCGCUGCCCCGCCGUGGGGACCACCCCUGGAUCCCCAAGCCGGUGCAGAUCCCUGCGACUUCCCAACCUUCCCCGCCUGUUCUCGGGGUGCCCAAGCGUCGUCCUCAGAGCCAAGAGCGCGGGCCCAUGCAACUUUCUGCUGAUGCCCGGGACCCGGAAGGUGCUGGAGGAGCCGGGGUGCCGGCGGCUGGAAAGGCGUCCGGUGCAGAUCAGCGUGACACACGCAGGAAGGCAGGACCAGCAUGGAUGGUGACUCGCACCGAAGGGCACGAGGAGAAGCCUCUGCCCCCGGCCCAGUCCCAGACCCAGGAAGGUGGUCCUGCAGCUGGAAAGGCAUCCGGUGCAGAUCAGCGUGACACACGCAGGAAGGCGGGACCCGCGUGGAUGGUGACUCGCACCGAAGGGCACGAGGAAACGCCGCUGCCACCUGCCCAGUCCCAGACCCAGGAGGGCGGCCCUGCAGCUAGAAAGGCAUCUGGUGCAGACGAGCGCGACACCAGGAGGAAGGCAGGGCCGGCCUGGAUGGUGCGUCGCUCAGAGGGGCACGAGCAGAUACCCACUGCCCAUGCCCAAGGCACAGGGCCCGAAGGAGGCAAAGGGCGCGCGGUGGCAGAUGCCCUCAACAGGCAAAUCCGGGAGGAAGUGACGAGUACAGUAAGCAGCUCCUACAGGAAUGAAUUCAGAGCAUGGACAGACAUCAAGCCUGUGAAACCGAUCAAAGCCAAGCCCCAGUAUAAGCCCCCAGAUGACAAGAUGGUUCACGAGACCAGCUACAGCGCCCAGUUCAAAGGGGAGGCCAAUAAGCCCACUGCAGCGGACAACAAGGCGGUGGAUCGCAGAAGAAUACGAAGCCUCUACAGUGAGCCCUUCAAGGAAUCCCCGAAGGUAGAGAAGCCUAGUGUUCAGAGUUCCAAACCAAAAAAGACCUCAACGAGCCAUAAGCCCCCGAGGAAGGCCAAAGACAAGCAGGUGGUGUCGGGCCAGGCUGCCAAGAAAAAGACCACAGAGGGCCCCAGUGCUACUAAACCCGACGACAAGGAACAAAGCAAAGAGAUGAACAAUAAACUGGCUGAGGCGAAAGAGAACCGGGUCAAACCUACCAGUGACGCACAUAAGAAUGAAGGUCCUGUAGCCAAAGAGCCACACAAGGAUCAAGGUCCUGUGGCCCCAGGUCUUCCGAAAGGCCAAGGUCCUGUGGUCCAAGAGCCUUUGAAAGACCAAGGCCCCAUGGUGCCAGGACUGCCAAAGGAUCAAGUUCCUGUAGCCCCAGGGUCCUUAAAGGGCCAGAGCCCUACAGCCCCGGGCCCUCCAAAGGAUCAAGGUGCUGUGCUCUUAGGGCCUGUGAAGGACCCAGGUCCAGUGGCCCCAGCACCCAUCCAGGAUCAAGACCACAUGGCGUCUGAGCUUUUAAAGAAUAAAGGUUCUAUCACCUUAGCACCAGCCAAAGCCCAAAGCCCUCUGUUGUCAGAGCCUCAGAAGAAUCAGAGCCCUGUGGUUCCAGCAAGAGCUAUGGAUCAAAGCUUCCCAGCACCAGCACCUCUGAAGGACCCAGGUCCUGUGAUCCCCGAGCCUGAGAGAGAGCACGCUCCCAUGGUCCCAGAGCGUAGGAAGGACCAGAAUGCUUCCAUCAUGGCGUCUUUGAAGAACGAAGCUCCUGCGGUCUCUGAGUCUGUGAAGAAUCAAGGCUUAGCAGGCUCAGAGCCAGUCAAAGAUACAGGUACAGAUACAGCAGCCCCCAGGCAUCUGAAGGGACAUGAUUCUGUGUUUAUUGCACCUGUGAAGAACCAAGGUCCAGUGGUCCCUGAGCCAGUGAAGAGCCAAGACCCCAUUAUCCCAGCAUUAGGCAAGGACCAAGGUCCCAUGCUCCCAGAGCCUCCAAAGAAUCAAAGCCCUGUGGUCCUUGGGCCUAUAAAGAAUCAAAACCCCAUAAUCCCAGUACCUCUGAAGGGUCAGGAUCCCCUGGUGCCACCCCUAACAAAGGACCAAGGUCCUACAGCCCCUGACCCUCUGAAGACUCAAGGUCCCAGAGGCCCUCAAUUGCCCACCGUCUCACCUUCACCCCCAGUCAUGAUCCCAACAGUUCCCCAUACGGAAUAUAUUGAGGGAUCCCCUUGAUUCCCCUGAAAUGCCAUGAUGGAGCUGGCAGUGUAUGUGCUUCCCUCUUGGGAAAGCAAAGAUAUAUAUUUACUCUGCAUGAAACUGUGCUGUAUAGUCUUCUGGAAUCUAAUAAAAUUGGUUCCUCUGGCUCA